AUGGCUAACGGCACGAAUUUCCGCGUUGUCCCAGGGGGAGAGGAGAGCAGCGAGAGCGACGACGACGGCUGGGGUAUCGGGUUCAUGUCCCAGGCCCAGUGUUUAGAUGAAAUCUCGCACAGCCAGGAUAAAAAUGAAGUUUUCAAAAAAGCAUUAACUGCUGGAAAUUUGUCUGUCAUUGAGGAACUUUUAAAUACAGGCAUAAAUGUAGAAUCUAGCCUUAAGUUUGGAUGGACUCCCCUCAUGUAUGCUGCUAGUGUUGCGAAUGUGGAACUUAUGUAUCUCCUUCUAAGCAGAGGUGCAAAUGCAAGCUUUGAGAAGGAUGAUUAUUCAGUAUUGAUGGCUGCAUGUACUGCAUCUGGUUCAGAAGAACAGAUUUUAAAGAGUGUAGAACUACUGCUUUCAAGAAAUGCAAAUCCUAAGGCUGCAUGCAAGAAGAAAAUGACUCCAUUAAUGUAUGCAGCCAGAGAAGGCCAUUCUCAAGUUAUUGCUCUUCUUGUUGUUCAUGGAUCACAAGUAAAUGCCCAAGAUAAAGGCGGUUACACUGCAUUAACGUGGGCAGCAUGCCAGGGCCAUAAAAAAGUAGUAUUCAAGCUGCUUGAACUUGGAGCUGAUAAAUCAAUACAGACAAAAGAUGGACAGACCCCAGGAGAGAUUGCAAAGAAGAACAGGCAUUUAGAGCUUUUCAGUUUACUAUCUUUGACGGCAAAUCCUUUCCAAAGAAAAUUCCAGAACCUGAGCAAAGAGGAACCUAUUCACAGAUUUAUAGCUGCAGUUCCAGAUACCCUUAAAAGCCAUAAAAGCAGUUCCUAUGCAGCUUUUAGUGACAUGGAAGUCUUUCUACAUGGUCUUGAACUUGAACAUAUAACAGAAUUACUGAAGGAGAGAGAAAUACCUUUAAGACAGCUUUUGACAAUGGCAAAAGAAGACUUAAUACAAAUUGGCAUCAACAAUACUAGAGAUCAACAAAAACUUUUAGGUGCUGUUAAAGAACUACAUAUAGAAGAAAUAAAGUUGGAAGAGCUGUCUGCAGUGACAAACUUGGAAUUCAGUGGUGAUGAAUUUCUUUCCUUUCUUAUGAAACUAAAAAGACAAUGCAGUCAACUUAAAACUUCUGUGCAGAAUGUUAUUAGUCAGUUUCCUACAGAUGCUCAUAAGUUGGUUCUUGAAUGGAGUCCACCCCAUAGUCUUGCUAGAGUAUGUGAAGAACUCAUUUUGAGUGCUGAAGAUCUGACUGCAGAGGCUGAAAAACUGAAAAUGGUCAUGAAUAAGCUCCAAGAUGGGCAGAAUGAUGAUCCUUGCCGAGUGCAAUCUUUGGUGGAAUACAGCAGAUGGAAGACAACUUUUUUAAAAAUAGCAGUACUAUCUGUGGUUGGGUCUGGUUGUGUUUUCUUUAUUUUCAAGUUAUCUCUAAAGAAAAACUGA